AUGCACUUCCUCAAGGAAGGUCUCAUAUUGUCCCUCAAAAAUGGGCAUACAGACUUGAACCAAGGUCAUCGCUUUAGCCUGUUGCAGCUUCAGUCGGAGGAUUACCACCUUUCCGCUGACAGGAUUCAAAUCAUUGAUUCUAUCAGCGAGGUUGGGUUCUACGAGAACACCAACAUCGCCCUGAGCGCGCAUCAUGAUAUCGACACCUGA